AUGGCCUACAGAGUACCUACCGUAUACGACUCGCAUCCCGAUACGCUUCGUCGAAAUUCAUCCGCCAUCGACCGCCGCUUCCUCGACACGCACGUCGCCGGUCCGCCUCCUCUGCGCUUCUCCUCCUCGUCGACUCCCUCCGACGCCUCCGCCUCCGCCUCCUCUGCGCUUCUCCUCCUCGUCGACUCCCUCCGACGCCUCCGCCUUCGCCUCCUCCCUCCGACGCCGACAGCAAACGUUCCGACCUCGAGCCGGAUCCACGACGGGCAGCACGGCAUGGAGGAAGAGCGUCUCUGGAAGUUCAGAAAGCCCGAGUGGCUGAACACGGUCUGGGCCCGCAGCUCCGGCAUCUACGGCGCCGGUGCCCUGUUCUCGCUCGCCUUCUACGUCAUGCUCGACUCGGCCGUCUGGUCCAAGUCGGCCCGCAACGGCUCCAGCAUCCACGUCAAGUUCGUCGACUGGCUACCGCUCAUCUUCUCGAGCCUCGGCAUGCUCAUCAUCAACUCGGUCGAGAAGCAACGGCUCAGCGCCGACUCCUUCAGCUACAGCGGGUCGGGCGUCGCCUGGAAAGCCCGCGUCGUCCUCUUCCUCGGCUUCGCCUCGCUCGCCGGAGGCAUGGCCGGCGGCGUCACCGUCUUCGUCCUCAAGUUCAUCGUGCCCGGCGUGGCCAUGCCGGCUCUCGGCAUGGGCAUCGAGAACGUCGUGAGCAACGCGCUCGUUGGUUUGAGUGCGUGUGACAAUACUUGUGCAACUGAACAGCUGUUGAGCACCUCCAAGCACGCACUCGCCAAGCACGCUCCCACCAAGCACGUCAACACCAAGCACAAAUCACGUCAACACCAACCCAGUCCCCUCGGCACCUCUUCACUUCACUCCCCGCGUCAUCGUCUUCGCACACCGCCCGAGCGAGCAGACGACCCUGCCCCCAUGAGCGAGCGCCUUCGACGCCCGGAAACCGGCGCGGUGCGAGCCAGGGGCACGAAGACGAGCGACACGGUGCGGCCCAACCUCUUCCGCAGCCAGCUCACGCGACGUCCCACGGCGACGAGCUCGGCGCACCCGACCGAGACGCUUCGGCUCGCCGACGUCGACGUCCUAUCCGACUCGUCCGAGAUUGUCGUCCGCAACCCCCAGGGCGAGAUCGAGCUCGGCGACCCCCCCGCGCUGCCCCUCGAGGAGCAGGAUGAGCAGGCCGAGGACCGGCGCGAGGCGGAGCGAGAGAGGAGGCGCUUGGCCGAGGCGGUGAAGCAUCACGCCGUGAACCACGGCGCCGUCGCCGACCAACCAGAAGCAGAGGAGCUCCUCGAGGCCGUUCGAGCCGACCUCAGGGCAAAGGUGGCCGCCCUGGCCGACGACAACUGGAUGUUUGAGGCGGAGGAGCCGACGCGCGGAUAA